AUGGAAGGAAUGCUUAACUACUUUGUACCUGAGGACGGAGACUCCUCUGACCAUUUAAACGUUGUACCGCUACCACGUGUGGAUCUGCUACGAUUACAACAUAUUAAACAGAGUUUUCCAUUACCUGGUAAUUUUCAUUUUCGCUUCAAGACGGAAUUUGAGGGAACAUACGUGUGGCUGGACGUCGUGAACGACACGGACCCAGUGCCGGACUAUAAUGGACUUGUGAUUUGCAAGAUAUCACGCGUACAAAGUGGCAAUUCCAUGCGUCCAAUCGAGAAAAUGGAGAUAUCAACAGCACAAGUAGAGACACCCGAUUUGAUUGAACCGUCAUUGUCACCUGCCAAGCGAGAGGAACCUCCGAUUGUACAAAAGACUUUUAACGACGAUUUGGUUGGAUUGCUAUCGGGUUCCGUGUCUUCAUCAACAUCGCAACCUACUUCGGCUCCAUCUUCAGUCCCUCCGCCAAGUCCUCCUCCUCCGGUAACUCGAGAUCCGUUUGAUGUCUUUGCUGGUAAUAGUACGGCUCCAAUGCGGCCGACACCCAUUUCAUCUACUAUGGCAAGCAAUGGGCCUCGAGGCUUGUCACCAACUACGAUGGGGAACCAUAAUGGAGCGUUUGGUUCUCAGGGAGGUUUUAAUGCCAUUGGUGUUGGAGGUCCUUCUUUGAUGGCUCCUCGUGGACCUAGCGGUAUGAAUAUCAGCCAAAUGCACAUGGGCAUGGGUUCCAUACAGGGAGGAGGUAUGCAACAGCAACAACAAAACAGUUUUCAGGGUCUGCAGUGGCAAGGCAUGGGACAUCAACAUCAAUCGCAACAUCACCGAAACCCAAAUACGAGACAAUGGUAG